AUGGAUGAUAAACCCAACAUUCAUGUGCGCAUGAGGUAUGAUAAUGAAAAGGACUUGGUUUGGAUUCAAUACAUCCAGUACACUGGGCUCAGUCAGAUGAAGAAAUUCGAUGAAGAUGAAGCCCCGCGAAGCUUUCAAAACGUGGGAUUAGUGAUCGGUGUUACAGGCAUAGUUGGUAACAGCUUGGCUGAAAUAUUACCACUCUUAGACACCCCAGGUGGGCCAUGGAAAGUCUAUGGUGUGGCACGUCGUCCACGACCAAACUGGAAUUCGGACCAUCCUGUCGAGUAUAUUCAGUGUGAUAUCUCCGAUCCUCAGGAAACUCAAACCAAGCUUUCCCAACUCACCGAUGUCACACACAUUUUCUAUGUCACAUGGGCCAACAAAUCCACCGAGGCUGAGAAUUGUGAAACCAACGGUGCCAUGUUCCGAAAUGUCCUACGUGCGGUGAUCCCCCAUGCGCCAAAUCUCAAUCACGUCACUCUCCAGACAGGUACUAAACACUACCUCGGAGACUUCGAGACUGCUGGAAAAAUGAGGUUCACAAACGAUCAGCCGUUUACAGAGGACUUGUCGAGAGUGGAAGUACCUAACUUCUAUUACACUCUUGAGGAUGUUAUGUUCGAGGAAUCCGAGAAAAAAGAGGGACUCACUUGGUCAGUUCAUAGACCCAACGUGAUUUUUGGGUUUUCGCCUUAUAGUUUGAUGAAUAUAAUUGGGACACUUUGUGUUUACGCUGCUAUAUGUAAGCACGAGGGGGUUGCUUUGAAAUUCCCUGGUGUGAAAGCUGCUUGGGAGUGUUAUUCUGUGGCUGCUGAUGCUGAUCUUAUUGCUGAGCAACAUAUUUGGGCUGUGGUGGAUCCUAAUGCGAAGAAUGAAGCCUUUAAUUGUAACAAUGGAGAUUUGUUUAAGUGGAAGCAUCUUUGGAAGGUGUUGGCCGAGCAAUUUGGGAUUGAGGAGUAUGGAUUUGAGGAGGGUGAGAGAGUGAGCUUGGUGGAGUUGAUGAAGGACAAGGGUCCAGUGUGGGAUGAGAUUGUAAAGGAGAAUCAGUUGCAACCCACAAAGUUGGAGGAGGUUGGGAUUUGGUGGUUUGCAGAUUUUACUUUGGGAAAUGAAGGUUCGAUGGAUAGUAUGAAUAAGUGUAAGGAGCAUGGGUUUUUGGGGUUCAGGAACUCCAAGAACUCAUUCAUUUCCUGGAUAGAUAAGGUGAAAGGCUACAAGAUUGUGCCUCAAUAAAGUUUUUUCCUGUGAAAGUUGCUAUGUCUUGUGAAUAAGCAUUGGGAUUGA